CCUGAUACCGCUCAGCACUCCCCUAUCCAACACCCCUCCCGUCCCUCUCCACAUCGCCCUACCGGGCCUCUCACACCUCUGAUCGUCCACCAUGUCUACCAUCAAGAGGGUGUUAUCCAGAGUCGUCAGCACACAUACUCGCUCUCUCUCCAAGGGAAGCGGGAAGGAUAGUCCAUCUAGCUCCACCAAUGGCGAACCCAAGUCACCCAUCAAAUACUUUACAAACGGCCACGCCAAGAACCUGUCCGAAGAACCCGUCCAAGCCGACACUGCACCCGAGACGCACCAAGCGCACGAGAAUGGCUCGCCCGUUCCGAGGCCUACUAGCACCUCCCGCAGCCGAAGCCUGUCCUUCACCGAGUUGAAAGAAGACAGAAAGGCAGAGCGAGAGGUCAAGGAUGAGGAGGAGCGUCGUAGACGCAAGGAGCAGAUGCAGAAGGCACAUGACGAGGAUCCCUACAGGGAUAAUUGGGGAGAUAAAGAGUUGAACGCCUCACAAUCGCGCUCAGAUCGUCCCCUCGACAAGCUUCGCGAUUUCGCCGACAAGAAAGAAGGAGACAGGGUUGUUUUCCGUGCUCGCGUCCACCACAUCCGUGCAUUAGGCACAAAGAUUGUCUUCCUGAUCCUCCGCCACCAGUUCACCACGAUACAGGGCGUGCUCACUGAGGAGCCGGAGAAAGUCUCACAGAUUAUGGUUCGUUGGGCCGAGGGCAUCGCACGAGAGUCGAUCGUUGUUGUAGAAGGCGUCAUCCAACGACCGCCGCCGAACCAGGAGCAGGUGCACGGCACGACCAUCCACCAGUAUGAGGUGCAUAUCGAGAAAAUAUUUGUCAUCGCAGCUCCGUCAGAGGCGCUUCCAUUCCAGGUGGAGGAUGUUUCGAGACCGAAGGAAUACUAUGACAGGGAAGACGCCCAUUUCGUCCGUGUGGGCGAACGUACACGUCUAGAUCAUCGUGUGCUAGAUUUGCGCUCCCCAGCUGCACAAUCUAUCUUCCGUAUUCAGGCCGGCGUCUGCGAACUCUUCCGCUCGUUCCUCGUCGAACGAGGAUUCACGGAGAUUCACUCCUCGAAAUUUCAGGGCACGUCAACAGAGUCAGGUGCAGCCGUCUUCAAAGUCGACUACUUCCGUCGCCCGGCGUGCCUCGCGCAGAGUCCGCAGCUCGCCAAGCAGAUGUGUAUCGCCGCCGACAUGGAACGGGUCUUCGAAAUCGGCCCCGUCUUUCGGGCAGAGAACUCGAACACGCACAGGCACCUGACCGAGUUCACGGGUCUCGAUAUUGAAAUGGCGAUCGAAAGCCAUUACCACGAGGUGUUGGACACCCUCGACGAGUGCUUCAAGUUCAUCUUCAAGAACCUGCUCACUCGAUUCCGGUCUGAGAUCGACACCGUGAAAAAGACGUUCCCUUCCGACGACGUCGUUAUCCUCGACGAGACGCCCCGCCUGAAGUUUGCUGAGGGCAUUCGGAUGUUGAAGGAAUCGGGCUGGAGAGAGGAAGACGGCAGCGAGCCAGAUGAGUAUGAGGACCUGAGCACGCGCGCUGAGCAGCGCCUCGGUCAGCUCGUGAAGGAGAAGUAUGGCGCGGACUACUACAUCCUCGACAAGUUCCCGCUGGACGUGCGGCCGUUCUACACCAUGCCUGAUCCCGAGAACAACAAAUUUUCGAACUCGUAUGAUAUCUUCCUACGUGGGGAGGAGAUCCUGUCGGGAGGCCAGCGUAUCCAUGUCGCACCCUUCCUCGAGCAGCGGAUGCGCGAGUCCAACAUCGACCCGGACACGAUGAAGGAGUACGUCGACGGCUUCAGGUGGGGCUGCCCUCCGCACGGUGGAGGAGGUGUCGGUCUCGAGCGACUGGUCAUGCUGUUCCUGAAGCUCGGGAACAUCCGCUGGGCCAGUCUGUUUCCCCGCGAUCCGCGCAGCUUCGUGGUGCGCAACCACGACCCGCAGGAGGCUGCAGCCAUUGCUGCGAACUCGCUCAUCUUGCACGGCCCCGAGUCGUCGACGUUCCAGCCGGGCAAGAGGCACGGCGAAUUGCCGCCGCUCGAGAAUCUUAUCGCGAAGUACGGGGACGCGACCAACACUAGCUGGGUGGAUCCCUCCUGGACGAUCUGGCGCGAUAAGGCGACUGGGGCUGCAGUCGGCUACAUCCCCCAGAACGGCUUCGCGGUCAUCUUCGGAAACCCUCUUUGUGAGGUCGACCAGAUCCCGCGCGUGGCCAAGGCGUUCCUCGCGUUCUUGCAAGAGGAACACCUCAAGCCCGUGUGGUGCUGCGUGGACAAGCAGACUGAGAAGUACCUCGCGGAGGACCUGGGCUGGGGCGCGGUGAUCGCCGUCGCAGAGGAGCGCAUCAACCCUACGGAGACGGAUCCGGCGGAGCACGACAAGACCGUGCGCCGAAAGAUCCACCGGGCGGAGCGCGAGGGUGUGAAGGUUAUCGAGGUCGGGCAAGAGAUGGACCCCAGCGUGAAGGAGCAGCUCGAGCAGCGGUGUAAGGAAUGGGAGGCGAACCGGAAGGGCACGCAGAUCCACCUAACGGGCGUGCGGCCGUUCGACGACAUGCACCACCGCAGGUACUUCUAUGCGGUGGACAAGGACGGCAAGAUAUGCGCCUUGGUCGUCCUUGCGCAGCUCGCGGCGAAACACGGCUUCCAGAUCAAAUGGGCUCUCGAGUUCCCGGGGGCGCCGCUCGGCGCGAUCGAGUAUAUUCUCGCGUACGUCAUCAAGAAGCUGGGCGACGCGGGUGUGAAGACCGCGACGUUUGGGGCGGGCGCGACCGGCACGCUGCAGGCGGCAGAUAACAUCCACGGCUUCAAGGUGAAGACGCUCGAGAAGGCGUACAACGGGCUGUCGGCGACGUUCCACUUGACGACCAAGGGUGACUUCAGGAGCAAGUUUGGGACGUGGCACGAUCCGUUGUACAUCUGCUACCCGAAGGGCGGGCUCGGCAUGAAGGGCAUCGAGGCUGUCAUGGCCAUGCUCCAGAAGCCAAAGUAAAGAAUAACUUCAGACAACGCGGUGGGGGUGACGACGAUCACGCGUGCGUCGGCCUGCUACGACUGAGCGCAUGGGCUGAACGCGACUUUGACGGUUUACUUUAUUCCUCAUCUCGCAUCUCGACAAGUUGUAACCCCCCUCCGUUCAUGUGUAAUCUUGCUCCCUCGCUCCCACGCUCCAACACGCUUCUCUGUAUAUCUUGGUGUUCGGGUACGUUACUGUUGCAUCGUUACUGGCAUACUGGCAUAUUGUAAUCAUCAUUCUGUAUACCUCUUGCGGACUGGAUCUGGUGAACUACAGUACCCCACUCCCAUAUGCUACUGUUGCACACACGUUAGUAUGGCAUGAUCGCAUUCAUGAGCACCAUUGGUAUUGUUGUCGCAACAUUCGGUUCUUUGUUGUAGAAUAGAUGUCAACUUUAUAAUGCUCAUGUCCGUCCC